AUGUCGGGUCUCCUCAGUAUCAUCAACAUGAUAAAUCCGCGUCCGGCGGUCGCCCCCCCAGCGGACUACUCGGGGCUCGAGUACAAGUGGAAGAUGUUCUCUUUCCGCCCGGCGUACUUCAAGGUCGAGGCGCUCGCGUUCCUCGCACUGGGGGCUUUCCUCCUCCUGUACUUGGGCGGACAGUACCUGAGUAACUCUAGGGCACAAUCAACAAUCAAGCCUAUCCAGAAAUACCUCAACACCCAAUUCGCCCGCACCCGGGAUCUCGUCUCUUCCGGUCCUGCCCAGCACCUCCUCUACUCGACAGGCCGCCGUAACGCUCUUUGCCUGCACACCACGCUCUUCCUAUACCCGAUCCACGACCUCGUUUCGCUCGCCCUGCAUAUCGGCAAGUCGAUCAUUGAGCCGACGUACGAUGGGAGCGAGAGUAUCCUCUUUAACCUGACCUUGGGUAUGGGCUCGGAGGGGAAACAGGGAGAGGGAGUGGGUGUAUGGUCGGUGGUUGACAAGGGCGCCAUGAGGCAAUUGAAGGAGAAGCGAUGGGACUUGUCUUUCGCUAGGCUCCAGGAGAACCCGGCUGUCCCCAUCACCCACGCGCUCUUCACCGAGCACUCGGAAGCUACAGAUGCCGUCCUCAAGACCCCUAGCAUUGGUGUCGCCGAGCUUCUCAAGGACUCCACUGCAGCCAGUGUGCUCAAGUACCUCCUCAUCACAGACCAAGCUGCCAACCGCCCGGCUCGAGGCGCCCUCAACCCCAAGUUGCGCAGGCGCGAGGUUAUCCUCUCCGUCACCAAGCCCAGCAACAAGGCUCAGGAAGACGCCGUUCUGGCCUGGUUGCAGGUGGCCUUGAACAUCGCCGAUCUUCUUGCGAAGCCCAACCUUAUCAAGCCCGAGAUCUCCCGCAAGCUCCUCCGUACCCGUGAACAAGUCGACGCCGAGCUCGACAGCGAGUACGCCAAGGACAAGCGAGAAGAGACCGGCGAGCUCAGUAAGGAAGAAACGGCCGAGGAGAGGCGGCUCGCCAAGAAGAAGGCAGAGCGGGCGGGAAUGAGCGACAAGGAGUUGAAGAAGCUCGCGGAGUUGGAGAAGAAGAGGGAGUUGAGGAAGAUGCAAAAGAAGGGGGCGGCCAAGUAG